ACCCGCAGUCCAGAUGCCCCUGCACACCGCGGCCCCAGUGCAGAAGAGGAAGGAGCUCGUGUUUGAAGAUGAUGACGAUGACCUGAUGGAUGCACUGGGACUUGGCAGCAGCCCAGGAAGAGAUGUCAAGCAGUGCAAAAAUGCAGAAGAAGAGGAGGUCCGGCCAGCCCGCGCCAAGCUGGAGGAGUUGCUGGGAAGAGGCUCCGUGGACAGAAUGCUGGAAGAGCCAGGCCUGGGAGAGCGCCAGGAGGUCAAACUGGCAAAGGAGUUCCAAAAGCAGCCAGCAGCUCCAGAGGAGGCAACCACUAAAAGUAACCCAGUGGAGGAGGAGGACUGGCUGAGUGCUGCCUUAUCGCAAAAGAAAGCCCAAGUGCAGGCGAAGGCCCAGGAGAGGAGUGCCAAGCCCUCGGAAGCACCAGGCGAGGGGCUGAAACCCCAGUCUCCUGUCAGCCGGCCAGCAGCCUCCCCAGGAGCACGGCCACAGGCAGCCGCCGUGCAGGAUGAGGCAGCAAACACAGACAGCUCCAGGCCACUGCCCCCCUGGCUCAGGACCACGACACAAGCCUCAACUCAGCCAUCGGAGGCAGCACAGGGGGAUCCGUCCAGAGACGCCAGCGCCCCGGUCCCCACAGCUUUGUUUCCGAGAGAGCAGGAGACACAGGACGCUGCCCCGCUGGCUCAGGCAGAGUCCCCAGCCCAGGGCUUGCUGUGUGAGAGGAGGCUGGGGGCUUCCACUGCCCAGCCCCACAAGGAUGCAACGGGCUGUCAAGCAGCACUGCUCCGUGCCCAGGCCCGUGUGGCAGAGUUGGAGAGCCAGGUGCGGACAUUGGAGCUGGCACGGGCUCAGGACAAACUCUUGUUGGAGGUCCUCUGGCGGCGGCACCAGGAGGAUCUGGAUCUCCUCGAGAGCACCCACAGGAGACAGUUGAAGGUGUUGGAGGAGACCUACAGGCAGCGAGAGCAGAGGCUGCGGCAGGAGAAUGAGCAGCUGGUGGCUCAGCUCCUGUCGCAGAGGCAGGAGGCGGAGCAGGAUUGGGCAGAGCUGGAGCAGCUUCGAGAGCUGCAGAGGGUGUCUGCGCAGGAGCUGCGCAGAGAGCGUGAGCAGCGGCUCCAGCAGCUGAAGUGCCUGAAGGACCAGGAGGUCGAGGCGGUGACCAGCUCCACUUCGCACACCAGGACUCUGAACGGUGCCAUGGAUCUGAUGGAGAAGCUCUCAAGCAAGCUGCAUGACAUGGUACAGAAGGUGGAGGCCACACAGCAGAUGGCCUUUCAGGACCUGGCCACGAGGGCACAGAUAGAGGAGAAUCAGCUCAAGGUGCUCGAGGACAGACUGUCACUUCAGCAGAAGGAGGCGAAGGAGAAUCGGUGCCGACUCCAGGAGGCGGUGGCUAAACUGGAGGCCAGGCUGGAUGAGCAGACUAGGCUGCUGGAGCAGGAGCGACAGAGGGUGUUUGCGGAGCGCUCCAGAGCAGAAUUGCUGGAGGAGGAGCAACAAGUCUUGAACCAGCAGCUCUCCGCAGAACAAGCAGAGCUGGAGAGGAUGAAGGUGAGGUGGGGCGGAGAUUUGCAGGUGCUUUUCACAGGUCCUGUGAGUCUGAGCGGGGCUGCACUGCAGUGUGUGGUGGAGGAAGGAGCUGGGUGCUGGGCUGCAGCAUCCUUCCUCUGCCUCCUCAAUCCCACACCCAGUUGUGUGGUGAAUCGCCUUCAGACCAACCUUCUGGCACACAGCCGGAACGGUGUCCGGUUCCAGCUGCGCUCUGCAAGCGGCGGCUCCCCGGGCCGAGGAGAGUCGAGGCGAGGCGGCAGCGGCUCCCCGGGGCGAGACGAGGCGAGGCUACGAAACUCCAGAGCAGUUUCCACGGUUCGUACCCUGGGGCGCGUUCCCUUCGGUGUCCGUCGGUGCUUUGUUGUGGUGGGAAUGCGGGGCCAGAAUUGGGGGCAGCGGGCUCGGGUGAGGGUCCAGGAGUCUGUCGAUGACCUGCUUGACGACCUCCUGGGAUAUGAGGACGACGAAAGCCCCGUGACUUUUACAAGAAGUUUCCGUCCGGCCAGGGGCAGCAGUGGGAGAGCCCGGGGCACCAGCUCAGUGGCCAACCAGAAGUCCCACGUGGUGGAGGAUUUCUUCAAUAGAUUCCUUGCAGAUGACUUGGAAGGUGCAGAGGGAUCCAGAGUCUCCAGUGGAGAGCCCCAAGGUCUGCUGCAGAGCCUGACGGACUUGGACGACUUGGAAGCUGAUGUGCUGGGAGCGUCAAGAGCUGGUUCUGAGCCAGGGAAGACAACUGUGAAAGUGCUCGAGGACAGACUGUCACUUCAGCAGAAGGAGGCGAAGGAGAAUCGGUGCCGACUCCAGGAGGCGGUGGCUAAACUGGAGGCCAGGCUGGAUGAGCAGACUAGGCUGCUGGAGCAGGAGCGACAGAGGGUGUUUGCGGAGCGCUCCAGAGCAGAAUUGCUGGAGGAGGAGCAACAAGUCUUGAACCAGCAGCUCUCCGCAGAACAAGCAGAGCUGGAGAGGAUGAAGGAGCGGGCAGAACUACAGAUCCAGGUCCGCAUGCUGAGAGCCAGGGAGGAGCAGCUGGAGAGGAACAAGGAGCUGCUGGACAAGACCUGGCAGGAGCUGAAGGCGGAGAGGAAGAAUGUAAAUGGGGCUGCACUGCGUGUGCAGCAGCAGGAGGAGGAGAUGAGAAGCAUGACCGAGGUCUCCUUCCAGAAGUAUAAGGAAGGGCAGCAAGCCCUGCAGGAGGCACAAAGAGUCGAGUCCCAGCAUGAGUCCAGGCUCCAGGCCCUGCAGCAGCAUUUAGAUCGGGUCCGGCAGCAGGAAGAGUGUCUGCACCAGGAUCGGCUGAGCAUGGCUCAGCAGAGGAGCCAACUUCAACAGCUGCGCCAGGAGCUGUCCAACAGCCCCAUGAUGGUGCAGACCCCAGGCCGGAACUCCAGUGCCCCUCUGACAGGCUCCUCCAGUGUGCCGGGCUUUCCACCUGCCAUCGGGAGCCCGGGAGGUAUCCAGCAACUCCUGGCCAGGGCCAGCUCCACCGAGUUUAGUGCCUGCCACCGUGGUGAUAAUGAAGUUCCGAUCCCUUCAGGACAGUUAUUACUUCGAAAACGAACAGCUCUUCUUGCAGUCCCUGAAGAAAACUCCCUACAGAGUUGUUUCUCUGGCAAGCUGAAGGGGUGGCAUCCCCACGUCAUGUCCAGGGGAUGGCUGAGCAAAUAAACCCAUCUUCACAUGUUGAGGAGUGUUCCUGUAUUUAUUGAGGCCUGGGUGCUUGGUGGGCCUUUCCACAAAUGAAGCACAGCAACAGCAGGUUUUUGUGCUGCUUUUAUACCCCAAAAUCAAAGGGUUUUCCAAAUACACCUAUUAAAUACUGACUGGUUUGUGAUUAACAUACUUCAUGCUUCUACUACUAUGUGUGCUCAGGGAAAGGGUCUCAACCUGGGCAGCGGUCUUUUUGACCUCUGUGUGUGUGUAUUUUAGUAUUAUAGUGAGGGUAGUUCACUUCCAGGACACCCAAAAGUUGUUUCAUUGCCACAUGAAUUUAAUCGGUUGUUCACUGUGCCAGGUUGUCCCCUAUUUCAUCCUCAGU